AUGGAAGGGUAUAACUUCGGCGAGGUGCACAUUUUUGAUCAAACUUCUGAUACGGAACUGACUCCUGUAAAAAUUUUCAAUGCGGCUACAGGCUUCGAAAAAUUAGUAGAGGAGAUUAUUGUUCGUGAAUCCAUACGCUACGCUCAUCAUAAUGGAAGAUCUUUUACGUUGACUGAUGAAGAAGCCAAAGCUUUCUUCGGCAUGAACUUUGUGAUGGGGUAUCAUUGUUUACCUACAUUCAGGAGCUAUUGGUCUACAGAUCCUGACAUGGGAGUUCCUUACAUUGCUAAUGUGAUGCCUAUAAACCGCUUUGAAGAAAUACGUACGAACUUGCAUUUUAGUGACAAUUCUAAUGAACCUAAUAGAACCGAUCCGUCUUAUGAUAGAGCAUUCAAAAUACGACCUGUUAUAGAUCAUUUCAACCAUGCUUUUCAAAGAGCUAUGGCUAACACCAAAACCCAGGCAAUAGACGAACACAUGAUCAAGUUCAAGGGGCAUAACAUAAUGAGGCAGUACGUAAAAAAUAAACCAAUAAAAUGGGGGUUCAAGAUGUGGUGUAGGGCAUGCUCUUCCACGGGCUAUUUAUUUCAGUUUGAUUUGUAUACUGGGAAGAAAAGAGGUGGCAGUGAAACGGGAUUGGGUGAUUAUUUGCUUGUUAAAAAUAUGAAUCGUGGAGAUAUUUUUGCAGCCAGCAGCAAUGGAAUAUCUUUCAUUAAAUGGAUGGAUAACAAAGCCGUGUUUCUGCUAACAAAUUUUUUAUCACCCAUACCUACGACGAUAGUCAAGAAGCGUGUUUCUGGUAGUGCUGAAAAGGUGAAUGUAAUUUGCCCUGAAGCUAUAAUAAAAUAUAAUAAACAUAUGGGAGGGGUCGAUCUGAUGGACCAGAAAAAAGUAUACUAUGAAGUGGAUCGAAAAGCAAAAAUAAAAUACUACCUAAGGUUGUUUUUUGACUUACUAGAUAUUGCGAUGAAUAAUUCAUAUGUGAUUUAUUGCAAGCUGCAUGAAGCAAAACGUAUUGAAGGAACUCUGCUUACGAGCCUAGAAUUUCGCCAAGUAGUAGCUCGGUCACUUAUUGGUAGCUUUUCGUCUCGACAAAGAUCUUUGUCGUCAGUUGUUAUGACGAAAAAGCGAAUUUCUUAUACACAGAAGCGCGGUACACCUUCACAGGUAAUGGUAAAAGUAAGUAACAGAAAAAGAUGCGUACAGUGGGCUAAAAGCCGUAUAGAGAAUCGCACAAAUAACACUUGCUCUACAUGCAACGUUCAUUUAUGUUUUACUACAGACCGCAACUGCUUUGUAGAGUACCACUAA